UCGAUUUUUAACAUAUUUUAAAAUUCGAUAAUCGAUUAAUUUCUAGGAAGCACAGCUUUCGUUGGCAUGCUAUUGGCUAUACAUGUAUACAAUAUUGGUAAUUUAUCAUACCAACAGUCACGUGCAUUUGAAAGAAAACACUGUUGACUGUUUAACUAGCUCAUAAAUAGACACAGUUUGAUUUUUAGUUACUUUUCCGAGUUUUAUAUCGACAAUGAAAGUAUUCAAAGUUUGUCUCAUAUUUUUACUAUUUACGCUGACAAAAGGAGGGACUUUGAAGGAUGCCUAUGACAGUUUACAAUGGGGUAAGCGACUCGUGGGAAGGCUACUGACCACUAUUGUUCAGGUCAGUCCGUUAGACUGUGCAGAAGAAUGUCUGGUCCGUCCUGGUUGUCUAUCCUUUAACUACAGACGGGCUGCAUUAUUCUGUGAAUUAAACUAUGAAAACGACAGUGGAACUGAUACAAACCUGAAAAAUGAAGACGGCUGGAUCUUUGGUCGGCGGGAAUCUUGGCCAAUGGAAUUAACAGAAGAAUGUCAGCAUAAAAGAUGUGGAAUCAAUGAGAAAUGUGUAAUUAAACAUCUACACAAUACUGUCUGUGAGGUAGCAUUUUGUCAUCCAUUGAACCUUACCCUCCCAAAGAGCGCCAAAAGAUUCAGUUCCGACCAAGUCUUAGAUUUCGGUAGCAAACACAAAUUGUCCUGCUUGGACAAUAUCAAGCAAACGGGGGACGGAAUCAUAAGGUGCCUGUGGGACGGAACUUGGAGUGAUGUCAAUAUCACGUGUGAGAAAACCCUUCAAAUGUGCUACUACAGUUAUAUAACUGAUGAAAAAAGAGAUUGGAAUGCCUCAAAAACGAAGUGUGAAGAAGAAAAUGGUUAUCUAUUGAAAAUCCAAUCAGAGGAAGAAUACGCGUUUAUAAAUAAGACAUUUGUUAAAAAGGACUUCAUCGCUUGGAUUGGUGGGUAUUCACAGAUUUACAUGGGAAAGUGUUUACUGAUGAAUGAAGACUCUGUUAAAAAAUAUGAUUGUGCACAUAAAACAAAUGUAGUUUGUGAGUUUGAUGAAUGUAUGACAUAG